GUGACAGAUCCGAGCAGUGGUCGGCCCUACUACUGCAACCGUUCCACGAAUGAGACCCGCUGGGAUCCCCCGCCGGCGGCCUCGCCCCCUCCCAACUCGGCGCCCUCCGGCCUUCCUCCGGGCUGGGAGCAGGUGACCGAUCCAAGCAGCGGCCGACCCUACUACUGCAACCGCUCCACAGGCCAGACGAGCUGGGAACCCCCACAGGGCACGCCAGCAGAUCCCGGUCCAGCCGCUGCAGCUCCAGGCCCAAGCCCAGGAGCCUCCGGUGGCCUUCCUCCAGGUUGGGAGCAGACCACGGACCCCAACAGUGGGAAGACCUAUUAUUUUAACAGGUCUACCAAUGAGACUCGGUGGGAGCCUCCUGCGUAG